GUCAAGCGGUCGCCAAUGUGUUAACACUGUUGAGCUUUGUGCGGAGGAGUAACGAAUAUUUCUGCAAAGCUACUAGCGCAAGGCCUACUAACGUUCCCAACCAAGGAUGAAGUCUAAGGGAGCCGAUGUACGCCCAACUGGAAUGACGCUGGUUGAAAAAUACGAAAAUUUACAUGGAUAUCACUGGUUAAUGGCAUCAGUGUUUGUAGUUGGUGAUAUGGUCGGAGGUGGAGUGGUAGGAUUACCAAAUGCAUUGGCAAAUGCAGGCUUGGUUCCUGGAAUAAUACUAAUAUGCUUAUGUGCACUUUUCUCGGGUUAUACGGGUCUGCAGUUAGCGUGGAGCUGGACAAUGUUGCAGAGGAGGUGGCCGAAGUACCGUAACUAUUGUCGAAAGCCGUACGGUGAGAUAGCUUAUCGUGCCAUCGGUUCGCACAUGAGAUCGUUUAUUGCUCUGAUGGUAUGUCUUACGCAAUUUGGCUUCAUAAGUGUAUUAACACUUUUGGCAGCGAAGAACACAUCAGUACUCCUAAACUUCUUCUUUGACUUGAAGAUAAAUUUUUGCUGGAUGAUCCUUAUCAUUGGUCUCGUUGUUUGGCCAAUAACUAUGUUGAAGAGUCCUAUGCACUUCUGGCAAGUGGGUGUCUUCUCUGCUUUGUCUAGCUCCAUCGCUAUAUGUCUACUUUACGUUGGAUACUUCCAUGAUGCGCCUGUCUGUUUGAAGGAAUCUAAUCAACGGCCGUUUGAUUGGCAACAUUUCUUCAUGGCUUACGGAACAAUGGUCUUUGCUUUUGGUGGCCAUUGUGCUUUUCCUACCUUGCAGCAUGACAUGAAAAAGCCACGUUUGUUUGGAAGAUCUGUAUGGGUGGCAUAUACUCUCAUUACAUUUUACUACCUAUCGAUCGCUGUUGGUGGCUAUCUUGUUUAUGGAGGAACUGUUGGUGAAGCUGUUAUUCAUUCCAUACAACUGCGAUGGGUGCAGCAAACAGUAAAUGUUAUGAUUACAAUUCACGUCAUCACCGCUAUCGUUAUUGCAUUCUCUCCCAUGACUCAACAAGUUGAAGAACUACUCAAAAUAUCGGAAAGCUUUGGAUGGCAAAGAUUUCUUGUUCGUUCAGUACUAUUUUGGUUACUCAUGUUCGUAGCACUUUCUGCUCCGAAUUUCGGCCCACUGAUGGACUUGGUUGGCGCUACAACAAUGUCAUUGAUGACAAUGAUUUUGCCAAGCGUUUUCUAUCUGUUUUUGAGAGCAUCCGAUGAAAAGAGAGAACUAAUCUCAAUCAAUGGAGAAGAUAAAGAUGGUAAAGAUAACGUCACAGCCAACUUUGCGGAGCUGUUUACAUACGUGCCAAAAACAAUCCUAGCACUCAAUUGCCUUUCAUUAACUUUCGGAAUACUGGGAGGAGGUGUUGCCACCGUAUUUUCAAUAAAGGAACUGACCAGUUACGAGGUUUCCGCACCUUGCUAUAUACAGUAUCUCAAAAACGGAUUACCAUUCGUAUCCACCAGCACGGGCAGUGUCAAUUGUUGCGGUCCAUUUCGCAAUAUCACAGUCAGUGAUAUCGAUCCGGAAGGAUUCUGCGCCCGUGUUUGAAUAUACUUUCUUUACAAGAAACUUUGAGUGCCACUACCGGAGAACCCUUCUUUGUGCCAUAUCGUCGAUAACAGCCAAUUUGCAAACGAAUAAUUUCUGAACAUCUUCAGAGCAUUACUCUUGUUUUGACCAAUGAGACCUCUGGAAGUAAACACGACAUGUACCUA